CUCCUCAAUGCGUUAUUUUCCAACCUCAGAAACCCCCCAAAGAAGAAGAAGUAAGUACUCGCAGACAGGAGGAAAAGAAGAAGAAGAAAACAUUUUUUUUUUUUAAAACAUGGCGACGAAGGAGGCCGGUGAGAGUGAGCACACAACUUCAACCCCUGAAAAUGACCUCAGGAGCGUGCUGGUCACCAGCGUGCUCAACCUGGAGGAGCUCGACGUGGACCUGUACAGAGGGACGCACCACUGGGUGCCCCGCAGUCAACGUCUGUUUGGGGGCCAAAUUGUGGGCCAGGCCCUCGUGGCCGCCGCCAAAUCUGUCGGUGACAAACUCUUCGCCCAUUCUCUCCACUGCUACUUUGUACGAGCGGGCGAUCCUAAGGUUCCGGUGCUGUACCAGGUGGAGCGCACCAGAGACGGGCGCAGUUUUGCGGUGCGCUCCGUGAAGGCGAUCCAGCACGGGCAGCCCAUCCUCACGUGCCAGGCCUCGUUCCACAUGCAGCAGCCGAGUCCCCUGCAGCACCAGUUCACCAUGCCGCUGGUCCCGCAGCCCGAGGACCUGCUCACCGUGGAGGAGCUCAUUCACCUUUACCUCAGUAAACCAGACCUGGCAGAGAAAUCAAAGCAAGGUCUGAACAAACUGCUGGCCAACGAGGUCCCCAUUGAGAUCAAGCCAGUGAACCCCCCACACUCUUACAGGCGCACUGCAAGCGAGCCCAAGAAGCUGUUUUGGGUGCGAGCGCGAGGACACAUCGGCGAAGGCAACAUGAAGCUGCAUUGCUGCGUUGCCGCCUACGUGUCCGACUUUGCGCUGCUGGGCACGGCGCUGCUGCCCUACCCCAACCACAGGGUGCACUUCCUGGCCUCCCUGGACCACGCCAUGUGGUUCCACAGCACAUUCCGCGCCGACGAGUGGAUGCUGUACGAGUGCGAGAGCCCCUGGGCAGGGGGGAGCAGAGCGCUGGUCCAGGGCCGACUGUGGAGAAGAGACGGGGUGCUGGCCGCCUCGUGCUCCCAGGAGGGCGUCCUGAGAGUGAAGGAAGUGUCCAGCAAACUUUAAGCACAUUCAUGACACUUACUUUAUUUGUGGUUGAUCACAUAAAUAUUGUUUUUAACUAAUGUUCCAAUUAUUUAAUUUAUAACAAAGACAUUUAUAAAAUAUAUUUUAUUAGGAAAAUGCUCAAACCUAACGUUUUUUCCACUUAAUAAACAUCAUUUUUUAAUAGAUGAAUUCUGGUGUUUGUUAGUAUUCUCAUAAUGAAGUUCAUGCUCGUAUCUACUUAUCCUUCUACAAUCUACCACAAAAACAUAAACCAACAGUUCCCAUGUAUCCAACUGACCUGAAAGUUCACCAAGGUAGAAACUUGGAUGCUAUAACAUCAGGAUACCUGCCUUUCUUAAAUGCAACUAUCCCAGCAGCUGACACAUGGGUGCCCCCCACCUCCCAUUUUGUAAAGAUCUGACUUUCAAAAAGGAAUAAAGCAAGUUAAUAGAAUGCAGAGAGAAGGACAGUGAAGGGGAGGAACAGCCUGAUCCUCAAGUAUUGAUUGGAAAAAUAACAAAUUAUUGUGGAGGAAAUGUUCUGAUCUACCAAUGGAGGAUGAAAAAAGUGCAAUCAUGGGAGAGAAAGAAAGCUUGAAAAAUGUACAGACUGAUCCUCCAGCAGAGACGUAUGAAAGGGGAAAUGAUUGAUGAGCAGGACAGGAUGAAAUUGUGCAGGUGGUUCUUGCAGUGGUUUGCAUAAUGCUUAAAGGCUGGAGACGAUGUCAGCCACCAACGUCUGGACUAUUGUACGGUAUUUGCUUUUUAGGGCCUCUAGGUUCUGCCUCACAAGGCUGAAGAUGAAAUGACGAUAUAAUAAUGGAAAGACGUAUAAAGAUGGCUCUUUGGUUUCUUGCAGGUCCCACUCUCGAUAGUUCUGCAUCUAUUAGAAUGUGCUGAACAAACAAAUGUUUUUCUGAUACGACAUGUCCCAUGUCUGCGUAUAACAGAUGGAAAUUCCUUUUGUAUUUUGAAACUGCUUUAUGAAAUAUUCCUGUAUUGGUUUUCUUUCUGUAAAGUCAUUGUCAAUAAAGCUAUCAUAGGGGAUCAUGGAAGCUGGUAUGACCGGGCUUUCAUAAAGCAUGAA